AUGAGACUAACCUUUCAGGUGUGUUCAGUGAUCUUCACGUUGGGCAACCUGGUGGCCUCCCAGUCACAAUUAUCUGGUCGGAAAGAUACCAUCCGCACCACAAUAGUCAAUUUCAAUAAUGAGCAGAUGCAGAUCACAUGGGCAGCAAGAGAACUGUUUCCUGGCGAGAACGUGUCAUUUUCUUAUACAUUUGAAGGAGGCCAGCAGAAAGUUUGGAAGUCAUGUCCCACCUAUUUAUUGGACCAAGGUUAUAAUUCUGGAUGUCUAUUUAAGACAGAAGGAUCCACCCUUGCCAUCUCAAUCAUGAACAGCAAUGGAAGCAAAGAGUUUUUUUCUAAAAGACUAAAAUCUGAUUUCUAUAUAAAGCCUAACCGACCCGAAAAUGUGACUUUCUUGUGGAAAGAUGACACGGUUACUGUGAGCUGUAGUGAGCCAAGGAGAGCUGUGAAGUGCUUGAGACUUGAGCUUCAAUACAAAAGCAAGUUCGACAAAGAGUGGCAAUCCAGAAGUUCUAAGUGUUGCAGUGUUGGAGAGCAAGGCUUUGAUCCAAGGAAAUGCUAUUCUUUCCGGGUCAGACUGAAGAGGCUAGUACCUUACUGCAAUGUAGUUAAUUACAGCAGUGACUGGGAAGCAGAAACAUUUUGGAUGAAUGGCACAUCAUUAGAUUCAUGUGAUGAUGACAUAAAAUCUCAGUCAAACACAAUAAUUCUUUUAAGUUGUAUGCUGGCAGUACUUCUAAUGAUAUUUGUCCUCUUGAUUCUUCUGUGUAAAUGGCAGAGACUUCGAAAGUCAGUCAUGCCUGUUAUACCAGAUCCAAAAUACGUAUUUGCUGAUCUCUUCAAUGAUCAUAAUGAAAACUUCCAGGAAUGGAUAGACAAAACUGAGCAUGCAAUGGUGCAAACCAAGCUAGAAUACGAAGAGUCAGAGUGCAUCAUUGAGGAGGAAAGCCAGCAAGAAGACAAGAAGAAGAGUGACAAGGAGGGGCCUAUGGAUAAUGUCUUCAGCUUUUCAGAAGCAGCUGAAAAUAACCAUCCCACACUAGCUCGAAAUGCCUACCUGAUGCCAACAUCCAAUACUACAGUUUCUCUUGCUGGCUUCCAGAUUUUAAUGAAUGAUGAUAUGUAUGUGAUGUUAUAA